ACCACUUGUCGAAUCUCAAAAGCCUUCUUCAUAAGGAAAAGAUCCACCACCGGCGGAGGCGGAGGAAAUUGAAAAUUCCAAACUCAUCAUCAAUGGGAUUAUCAUAUAUAUAAACCUGCCCGGCUCUCUCUGAUUCUUCUCUUUCCUUUUACUCUUUCAUUCACAGUAUGAAAAAUCCAACGGCCAACCCAUCCCUUUACUUAGCCUUCAAACAUUUCCCUUAAACAAGCUUCCUUUUUCGUUGACAUACCCAUUUUAUAUUUUUCUACCCCAUUUGGUUGUGGAAUCUGAUCUGGGUUUUUGUUAUUUCGGGGAGGAGAGUGAGAGAAGGGAAGAUGUUAAAGUGCAUAGCUUGUUCAAAGCAGAUAAACAAUAACAAUGGAUCUGUUGGUCGUCAGCAAGAUGAAGAUACUUUGGAAACUCCUAGGACUAGGCAAGCCAUUAAAGCUCUCACGUCUCAGAUCAAGGAAAUUGCAUUGAAAGCAUCAGGAGCUUAUAAAAGCUGCAAGCCUUGUUCUGGUUCAUCAAACCAUAACAGGAACAAUGCUGACUCUGAUUCGGCACAAUUCCAUUGCCCAUACCGAAGAGCAAGAAGCUCUACUCCCCGAAUUUGGGGCAAAGAGAUGGAAUCGAGACUAAAAGGACUUUCCAGUGAAGACGGUAACCCAACAUCAGUUAGUGGCCGUGCAGAAUCAGUAGUGUUUAUGAAGGAAGAUGAGCCUAAGGAAUGGGUUGCUCAAGUGGAGCCAGGUGUUUUAAUCACUUUCCUUUCAUUGCCUGAGGGAGGGAAUGAUCUGAAACGAAUUCGAUUCAGUCGUGAAAUGUUUAAUAAAUGGCAAGCUCAAAGGUGGUGGUUUGAGAACCAUGACAAGGUCAUGGAAUUAUACAAUGUUCAACUUUUCAACCAACAAGCAGUCCCACUUUCAACUCCCCCAAGAUCUGAGGAUGAAGGAUCAAGAGUUGAAUCAGCAAAGGAUAGUCCUGUGACUCCACCCCUGAACAAAGAACAGCCGCGCAACUUUGUGCGGUCAACAGCUUCAUCGGAUUCCCUAGAUCAUCAACCAGUGCAACCCCAUCAAUACUAUGACUCAUCUGCACUUGCUUCAACACCGAAACUCUCCAGCACUAGUGGAGCAAAGACUGAGAUAUUAUCUGUAGAUGGCUCUGUAAGGAGUAGUUCAUCAAGAGAGCCGUCCAUUAGUAAUGCCAGUGACAUUGAAACUGAAUGGGUCGAGCAGGAUGAACCGGGGGUUUACCUCACUAUUAGAGCACUUCCAGGUGGCUCUCGAGAGCUUAGACGUGUCCGCUUCAGCCGAGAAAAGUUUGGAGAAACGCAGGCAAGGAUAUGGUGGGAAGAAAAUAGAGGCAGAAUACAACAACACUACUUAUUGUGAGAUUUAGCAAAUCAAUGGCACAGUGACAGUUUGUCUUCUUUUAAUUUAACCCAUCAUUGUUACUGUUUAGACGAUUCUACUUGCUGCUUUGGCCACAACUAAUCACAGAUUAUUUCUUUU